GAACAGGGAGCGGCGGUAGCGAAGGGUUAGAUCUCUCUAACUAGGGUUUGAUCAUCCUAGUUUCUAAUAUUGCUGAAGAACAAGUGUUAUUUACGAGAAACCAGAAGCUGCUAAUCUCUCUUCAUCAUUCCUCAAUCCUCACCUGUAUUGGUAUUGGAGUAUCAAAUCUAUCUAUCUAUCUAUUUAGGUUGUUUUAUUCUCAUGAUCACUCAACGAAGAACAUGGAAAUCAUUCCUAAACCUCAUCAAACAACAAUGCCGUAGUAUACGGCAUUUCAAUUCGUUUCAUUACGAACACCACCUGUUUGAUAAAAUGCUGACCCCAAACAUCUUCUACUUACGCCAAUCUAUGAUCACUUGUCUUCGCGAAAAUCGGUAUCGGGAAGCUCUCACGAUUUUUAAAGAAUGCGCUGUGUGCAGUUCUACUGGGAACGUCGAUGAAGCUAUUCUCUCCAUGGCACUUAAAUCAUGUCAGGGAGACCAAAUCCUUGGUUCUCAAAUACACGGUUACGUUACAACUUCUGGGUUUUCAUCUUGGCUGAGUGUAUCAAAUUCUUUGAUAAGCAUGUAUAACAAAGGGGGAAGAUUUGAUCAAUCCUUAUAUCUUUUUCACAAUUUGCAGAAUCCUGAUGUUGUCUCUUGGAACGCCAUGCUUUCAGGUUUUAAAAACCAAGAUGGUAUUGAUUUUGCUUGUGAAAUGCAUAAAUCUGGAGUUGUUUUUGAUGCUGUCACUUACUCUACUGUUCUUGCUCUUUGUGCUGAUCAUGGAGAGUUCUUCUUCCACUUUGGAAUCCAAUUGCAUUCUGCUGUGUUUAAAUCUGGGUUGUUUUCUGAAGUGUUUAUUGGUAAUGCUCUAAUAACUAUGUAUUCUAAAGAAGGGAAAAUAAUUGAAGCAGAGAAAGUGUUUGAUGAAAUGCCACAAAAGGAUUUAGUCUCUUGGAAUGCUGUACUCUCAGGCUAUGCUCAAGAAGGAGUAUAUGGAGUUGAAGCAAUAUUGAUAUUCAACAAGAUGCUCAAACAAGGUAUGCAUCUUGAUCAUGUCUCAUUCACUAGUGUAGUUUCAGCUUGCGGAAUCGAAAAGAAUCUCCAACUAGGAACACAAGUACACAACUUGAUUAUUAAGAAAGGGUAUUGUAGACAUAUUUCCGUCUGUAAUGUGUUGUUGUCAAUGUAUUCAAAAUGUGACCAAUUUGGAGAUGUGAAACUGGCAUUCGCAGAUACGAUUUACCGAAAUGUUAUCUCGUGGACUACAAUGAUUUCUAUAGACGAAGAACACGCGAUGAUUCUGUUUAAUCAGAUGAGAUUGGACGGAGUUUAUCCCAAUAAUGUUACUUUCGUUGCGUUAAUCCAUGCGAUAACAAAUCAUAAUUCUGUGGAACAAGGUAGAACAGUCCAUUGUCUUACAACAAAAACCAAUUUCUUCAAUGAACCGAACGUUGCCAACUGCUUGAUCACAAUGUACGCCAAAUUCAAAACGACAGACGACUCGAGAAAGAUUUUCGACGAGCUUCUCCUCAAAGGGAUCGUUUCGUGGAACGCUCUAAUUUCAGCGUACGCCCAGAACAACCAAUCAAAGGAAGCGGUCGAGACGUUUUUAUCUGCCAAACUGUACGUAAACCCAAACGAAUACACACUCGGAAGCGUUCUAAACGCUAUCGCAGCAGCAGAGGCUGUUUCGUUAAGACAUGGACAACGUUGUCAUUCGUAUUUAUUUAAGGUUGGAUUCGAUAGUAACUCGAUCGUGUCUGGUGCUCUUCUCGAUAUGUACGCGAAACGGGGAAGUAUUCACGAGUCACGUAAAGUGUUUAAUGAGAUGAUCGAUAGAAGUCAGGUCGCUUGGACGGCUAUAAUAUCGGCAAAUUCAAGACACGGAGAUUACAAAUCAGUUUUAACGUUGUUUAACGAGAUGAUUACGACAGCUGGGGUGAAGCCUGACCCUAUAACGUUCCUUUCGAUUCUGACAGCAUGCGGACGAAAUGGAAUGGUUGAUAAAGGGCUCGAGGUUUUUAAUUCAAUGACAGUUGAGCCGUUGGAAGAGCAUUAUGCUUGUAUGGUGGAUAUGUUGGGAAGAGCUGGAAGAUUGAAGGAAGCUGAGGAAUUUGCGAGUUUGAUUCCGGGUAAGAUUGGGAUUUCGACGCUUCAGUGUUUGCUCGGGGCUUGUAGGGUUCAUGGGAAUGUGGAGAUGGGGAAGAGGGUGGGUGAUGCUUUGAUGGAGAUGGAACCGAAGGAGUCUGGUUCUUAUGUUUUGAUGUCGAAUUUGUAUGCUGAGAAAGGGGAAUGGGAAAAAGUGGCGAAGAUUAGGAGAAGAAUGAGGGAUGGGAAUGUGAAGAAGGAGAUUGGUUUUAGUUGGGUUGAUGUUGAUCUUGACGAUUCUUUGCAGUUACAUGGGUUUUCGUCUGAUGAUAAGCUGCAUCCUCGAUCCGAUGACAUUUAUGUUAUGGCUAAAUAUUUGGGAUCCGAAAUGAAAUUUCUGCGAAUUGAGGGAACUACUAACUGUUUUACAAAUGAUGACAAUAUUUUUACAAAUGAUUCAACUGUUUUAUAUUGAAAGCAUCAGCAGCAGCUGAUGAAAAGAACAGCAAAGAAACAGAAGUUGAGAAAGGCUCAGAAAGCAACAUGGAAUAUGUUUAAAGGUGAAGAAUUCUUGGAUAGUGGUGGGUCAAGUCAAAGCAAGGCAAAUCUAGAUCUUUUAUUAUUGCCUCAUUCCACUUGUAACCCAGAAUUCUCGCUAAACUCCUGACUCACUAGGGCGAC